AAUUUAUAGCGGUUAUUUCGUGAGUUAUUUACGCGGUAUCAGAAAGUGAAAGUUUUUUUUUGCAGGUUGUCACAUCAAGAAAUAAGGAUAUAAUGGACAUGGAUCAUGUUCGAAAAGUUAAUAUUGCACAUAGAUUGGAAGAGCAGUUUAUCAGUCAUCAGCAUGAAGCAAUGUACUUUAUUGACAAUUUGAUAAGUGGAGAAGUCGGAAGAAAAAUAUUUGAAAUGACAAAUAAUGACAAUCCUGUUCUUGUUGCUGUUGGAUAUUUUUAUUUCUACCAACUCCCUGCUGGUGAAGACCUUUUAGAAUGUGUUAACAAUGCUUUGAAAAAAUCCGACUGUUCAGGUUUUAUGCUGGAGCAUUCUGAUGUUGACUUUUCGCCAUUUGAGAAAACAUUUUUAACGACAGAUAAUUUUGAAAGGGUGGAUUGUACCUUUCAGACGGAUGAAGCAUUCCGACGAGAUGUUUUUCAGAAAAUCGCAAAUGAAAUAGGUUAUCAAGCUAGACCAAUUGCGCAUUACCUUCUUCCUUUUAAUGAUGUACAGAGGAUUUGGAUAAAUAAACAUGAUGAUGUGGCUAAAAGAGUAUGGAAUGUAUUGCAUGAAUGGCAUUCUAAGAGCAAAAUCAAGUCAUGGAAAAGCUUGCGAUCCUUGCUAAUGCAUUUUGAAAAAACAGCUUUGAUUGAGAGAAUUGAAACAGAACUAACUCAAACACAUGCGUAUAUGGUUAGGGCUAGUGAAGAUGAGCUUUGCAAUGCAGUGGUUAAUAUGAACACAACAAAUCAUGAAGAAGGAGAAAGUAUAAACAAUGCAGAUGGUGGUUAUAGCAGUAUAGACCAAAGUAGUGGCGACGAAGGUGAAGUUAGUGACAGCGAAGACACAGGUAGCAACGAUCAACGCCUGGAUAGCAACAGCCAAAAUCAAAAUAACAAUGACAGAAGUAGCAACCUUGAAUCGACUGAUAGUGGACCCGUGGAAAACCAAGAUGAUGUUCAAGAUGACGAAGUUUCUUUAGUGGACAAGAACAAAGUUUUAGUGAAAGAUUUAAAUUAUAAGAUUAUCAGUGACCUGGGCAAGUUCUUAAAUCAUAAAGAGUUAAUUUCUGGCGAGAAAUACUGUAUUUGUUUAGCCAGAGAACUUAAAUUUCCAGACAACGAUAUCAAAAUGUUGAAAUUAAACAUGGCUGGUGGAGGGUGUCCAGCAUUAGAGUUUUUUCAACAUCUUUGCUCAACAAAAGCUGACACUGCUGUUGCACAGUUAAUCAAUGCCUUGAAGGAAGAUGAUAUGCCUGGAGGUCUUGAAUCUAUUUUAACUGGUUGUCGAGACAAGAAGUUAUAUAAUAUAUCUUUCGGAGAAAAGAAUGAACUGGCUUUAGGUUUAACACAAAGUGAAAUUGGAAACACCGGAACCGGAGAUUGGAAAUCUGUUGCCAACUACUUUGAAUAUGAGAUGGACAAGAUUCGGUUGUUCAGUGCAGCGAUUAACAAAAACGCUUCGUAUGAUUCUUCAGCGGUAUUAUUCGAUUUACUACAACAACGACAACCGAAUUUGCGUUUAGUGAAGUUGGCAGAACUUAUUGGUAAAACUACUAACAACGCUGCGAAAGAAAAGUUAGAAGCGUUUAUUUUGAAAAAAGCAUCUGAGAAGAAGCGCUGAAUGGCUCCUACGCAGUGGUGAUAGCUCCGUAUUCAUUGAUAACUUUAAUUUUGUUUUUGUGUGGAAACUUGCGUUGUAAAAUCACAAACUAAAAAGUAGACAUUUUGGACAUAUUUUUGCCAUCCUAUGCAUCAGUGAAUUCUAGGUAUUAUUCAUAAAAACAGCAACUACUAUAGACACGUCUAGUAAUUCUUCAAGUUGUGUCGUCCUGUUUUGUGUUAGUUUGUUUUUUUGGAAUUGAAAUUUUAAGCGAUGGUUUAUUUAAAUUUUAAAAUUAUUUCAUUGUAUUUUAUAUUUUAUAUGGGUGACGCAAUAAUUUGUUCUUUACUCAUUACUUUAAAAUCUCAUUUUAAUUUUUUUUUUAGAAAAAUAUAUAAAAACGCCUUUAGUCUCAUUCAUUCUGGAAAUUCUCAUCAAAAGUCUUCUAAA